AGCUUCAGAGAGCUGUUAUUUUAUAGACAAUUCCCAAAUUGCACUCAAACACUAGCUCGACUUGUUGCUUGUUCCAACGUCGUCACUACACCCAAUCCCAUGAGAUUACCCAUCAUAGUAUAAUCUCGACAGAAAUCUUACCCAGCUUAUCACCAAGGUCUUGUACAGGUCGAUACAGGUACUGGUCUCAUUCAUUGCCGAGUCUCAUCGAAUUCGAUCCCGACCAUAUUGAUAUUGCCAUUGCCAUGGCAUAUGAGGGCAGAGACCAUGGCGAGAAGGGCUUCGGCGGGGGUGGCCAUGAUGGUCCUAUGCCGCCGAGAGCUCGUGGUCGACGUCCUGUAACCGACUAUGGUGCCACCAUUGUCCACUGGAUGAGAAACCGCCGGCCGGGAUACCAGGGUUCCUACCGUGGUGAGGUUGAGAGACCAAGUGCUAGCUAUAUUGUCGAUAUGCUUCCACCCAUUGCCAGAAGAUCGAAUCCAGCUGACACGGUGCCAACCAAGCACCUUCACUCCUCCCUCAACAAGAUCAAACAUCCCGUCAACGUGGUGAGAUGGACGCCAGAAGGCAGAAGACUUUUGACGGCCUCUAGCAGUGGCGAGUUCACGCUUUGGAAUGGCACAGGUUUCAACUUCGAAACCAUCAUGCAGGCUCACGACUCUGCUAUCCGCGCCUUAGCCUACUCCCAUAGCGACGAUUGGCUUGUGUCUGCUGAUCACGACGGCAUGAUCAAAUAUUGGCAACCCAAUUUCAACAACUUGGAGAGUUUCCGCGCUCAUCAAGAUCCUGUUCGAGAUCUUGCCUUUAGCCCGAACGACACCAAGUUUGUGACCGCCUCGGACGACUCUACUCUCAAGAUUUUCGACUUUGCUGCUGCCGCUUCUGAACAGACACUGACGGGUCAUGGAUGGGAUGCAAAGAGUUGCGACUGGCAUCCCACAAAGGGACUGAUUGUGUCGGGAUCAAAGGACCAUCUCGUCAAGCUCUGGGAUCCAAGAACAGGUCGCUGCUUGACCACACUCCAUGGCCACAAGAACACCAUCACAAAGACUUCCUUUGAGAAGGUACGAGGCCAAUGCCUCGCCACGUCUGCCCGAGACCAAACUGCUCGUGUGUUCGACCUGCGCAUGAUGAGAGAUAUUGUCCUCCUCCGCGGUCACGAGAAGGAUAUUUCCACCCUGACAUGGCAUCCCAUCCACCCAAAUCUUCUCAGCACUGGCGGCGCCGAAGGUUCGCUCUUUCACUACUUGCUCGACGAGCCCAACACCCCUCCGGGUCACGCGCCCUCCAUUGCUGUAUACGACAGCCCCGAUCCUCAGUCAUGCCCUGCCCAGACUAUUUACCCUGCCCACAAGAUACCCUAUGCUCACGACUUUGCUAUCUGGUCGCUCGACUGGCAUCCGCUUGGCCACAUUCUAGCAUCGGGCUCCAACGACCGCAUCACCCGUUUUUGGACCCGCUCUCGACCGGGCGAAACUGAAUUCAACGAUCGCUACCACAUUGGCGAAGCCGCCGCUGAGGCCCAAGGCACAUGGGAUCGCCGUGGGAACCGUCAUAUGCGUCAAGUCGAAGAAGAACAAGAAAUGGAGGAUGAGAUGGACGGCCUUGUCGACCAAAAGAUGCCCAUCAAGCCACCUGGCAUUCCUGGGUUUGGCAACAUUCCAGGCCUGCCCAUGCAAGGAGUUUCAGCUCUGCCCGGCCUAGGUCCUCCACCGCCGCCUGGUCUUGCCGGAAGAGGUGCCGGUGUUCCACCCAACUUACCCUUCCCGUUACCAGGACUCCCACCGCCUCCGCUCCCCGGAAUCGAUCCCAAGAAUCCUCCCGAUUUCGCUGCCAUUGCCGAGAUGAUGAAGAAGGCUGGUAUUCCACCGCCACCACCUCCCGGCUCGGGUGGUAUCCCGCCUCCCCCGCCAGGGAUGCUUCCGCCUGGCCUCAUUCCCCCUCCAGGGUUUCCUCUGCCACCUGGUUUCCCUCCUCCGCCGCCCCAUCUGGCUGCUCAAGCUGCGGCCCAGAAUUUUGGUGACGGCGGUCAUGGGGAUCGUGAGGCGGGCGGCCGAAGACGAGCACCGCUUCCUAGUCAGGAGGAGAGUCUGCGGAUGGAACAGAACCGGGGGCAUUAUACCAGAGCGAGAUAGGAAAGGGCCCGGGUGGAGAGGAAGGACAAAGGACCAGUGGGGAUUCGUAUUUGUAUUAUAAUGUUUAAACCAAGCGAAUUGAUCACAUAUGCACUCUAC